UCUGGAUCGCCCUGUCAUACUCUCUCAUUCUCUUUCUCACACACACAAAAGUGCGUGCGUUUCACUCCAGUUUCCUCUUUGUAUCUCUUUCUGAGGCCGUCUCUCUCUCUCUCUCUCUCUCUCUCUCUCUCUCUCUCUCUCUCUCUCUCAUUCGAUGCUGUGGGGAGAAGAAAUUAGUGGGAGGUUAUGAUUUGUUGUUGCCUCUAUCUCCCAUUGACACUGGCCAGGUUGCCGCUCUUGAGCGCGUUCUUGCCAUCCGUUCUCGCCGGUCUGAUUGCCCUCCUCCGCUCGAUCGCUCUCCUUCUCCGGUCUGAUUGCUCUCCUACGUCUCCUUCUCCGGUCUGAUUGCUCUCCUACGUCUCCUUCUCCGGUCUGAUUGCUCGCCUACGUCUCCUUCUCCGGUCUGAUUGCUCGCCUACGUCUCCUUCUCCGGUCUGAUUGCUCUUCUACGUCUCCUUAUCCGGUCUGAUUGCUCUCGUACGUCUCCUUCUCCGGUCUGAUUGCUCUCCUACGUCUCCUUCUUCGGUCUGAUUGCUCUCCUACUACGUCUCCUUCUCCGGUCUGAUUGCCAUUCGUCGUAGUAGCUAGGAUGGAGGAGCUCUUUAAGUUGAUGCGAAAGGUGUCUAUGUCGGCGAAGGGCCGCCGUUCUCUGCGUGGACUCGGAGAUGGUGGAGCGAGUCUCUCUUCACUGCAAUCCUUGAAGUUGCCGAAGGUUCUUUUGGUGAUAACGAUCUGGCUGGCUCUGCUGUCAAAGGCGGAGUUCAGUGCCCGUGCCAGUCUGGUCAGCAGUCUUUGCAACCUCUUCGCUGGAAAUCCUGGUUUGUGGCAGGAUGGCCGAGCGACCUAUUAUGGUAGUGAGGCUUUCGGAGGUGAUAAUGAGCAUAACGGGGCUUGUGGCUAUGGUACCCUUUCGGCGGCGUUUGUUGGGCACAACUACGCAGCGGCAUCUCCUGUCAUCUUUGAGUCUGGACGCGCUUGUGGCGGCUGUUUCGAAGUGCAGUGUCGUGGGAAUGGUUAUCCUUGCAGAGCAGGGACCGCUCGCGUCACUGUCACCGAUCUCUGUCCUCCUAUUCCUCCCAAUCUUCGACACUGCGCCGGUGGCAAAGCCCAUCUAGACUUAGGCGUUAGAGUGUUUCCAAUCAUUGCGGACCCAAGAGCUGGGGUCGUUGAUAUUAGGUUUAGAACAGUGCCUUGCGGUCGAUUCAAUGCUAUCACCUUUUUUAUCAGAGGUAAUGUGUACGGCUGGUUGUCUCUAGUAGUAAUGGGAGUCCCGGCUUCAGGUCGCGUUGUCGGGAUGGAAGUCAAGGCGUCGGGAUCCACCAACUGGGAGGCCCUUCGUCAUGAUUAUGGGGCAGCUUAUAUGAGGACAGGUAGACCUCUCAGGACUCCUAUAUCCGUCCGACUUUCCAUAUUUGGGAAACUUUGCCGCAUGACGGCAAUGAACUGCAUCCCUACUGGUUUCAAGGAUAGGCAAAAGGUGUCAUGCUCUUACCGAUCUGGGUGACUUCACUUGCUAUUAGACGUUCGAUUUUUUUUUUUUGGUUCUUUUUUCGUAUUGCUUCUUUUUUUUUUGGUGGGAAAUCGUCCUGCUCAUUCCUCCUAGCCUGCCUCUUUUCUGUUUGGCGCACGCUAAUCGCUUCUCCCGUUUUCGUUCCUUUUUCUUUUGUGGAUGACACCAUUUGGUCUCCACUGUUCUGUCGCUCUGCACUUUUCUUUCUCUUGUCAGUCUUUUUUUUCUACCUUUUUCGAUCUUGCACUUCUGUUACUUUCCUGCCCUGUACGGCUUUCUGUUGCUUUGCAGACCUUUUUCGAUCCCCCUUUUUCGAUCCUCCACUUCCCCUGUACUUCUCUGUUGCUUUUCAGCUCUGUUGAGGGUAUACUCACACUAGCACUUCGCUAAGUGUAUCUGGCUGCAAUUACGGCCUCGCCUGGAUGAAUCUGACCACAAUGAAGUCCAAGUGUGUGAGUAUCAUGCCCUGAAACUGUUCCUUUGUGCGAGGCUGUUCGUCGCUUCCGCUCAUCUGAUGUCGUCGGCCAUUGUAACGUAUCUGACCACAAUCUCGUCGGCCGUUGUAACGUAUCGAGCGCGGCACCAUGUUGUGUUCCGUGAAUCCGUGGUCUUUUUUUUUUUUUUUUUUAUCCCUGGUAGACUUAUUUAUUGUACUUUACGUAGAGGACUACCACUUGUAUCGGUAAAACAUGCAAUGUACUUGUACUGCUAUAUCAAUUAUCAGGAGAAACGUGGGCAGUUAGGUUUUUUUUUUUUUUUUUUUUUUUUUUGUGGUGGGGGGUAAACGUAGAGUGUUAGAGAUACACGUGGAGGCGUUUAGAUGCAGAGGAGAGGUGUUUAUUCACCGGGAACAAUGUCCCGCCAUCUCGAAUUCUCGAUUCCGAGGGUGGAUUGGUUAUGAUGAAGAUCAACGGCCGGAAAUGAAGAAUCCAGCCAAGUUAGAUGUAAUAACUGGAGGCGUGGAAGGUCGUGAUUACUUUUUUCGAAAUUUUCUUAUUGAAGGGGGUCCUCCGUUGUUUCUUUCUCUUUCUUUUUCUUUUUUUUUUUUUUUUUUUUUUGAACCUCUUCUUUCUGAAAUAGCUGAUGGAGAUUCUUGAUUGAAUACGUCGGGCGACAAGGGCCUUGUUUUUGCUGUCGGAGCGAUCGACCAUGAUUGAGGGCGUAAUCACACGAGCUCUAUCCUUAAUGUAUCUGAGCUCACGGUCGGACCUGGAUGUAUCUGAUCGCGAACACGUCCAUCUAUAUACGUCAAAAAGAAUGCCCCCUGGAAUUGAAGUGGGAUCGAUAGCUUUCUUGCUUCGGUUUGAUCUGCUCCUGCUCUCAUCGCCAGAUUCGCCACAGCUGAUGAUCUAUUAAGCUAUCUUCGUCCUUUUUCUCAAGUCCGGGUUGACAUGCUCUACUGUACGCCAGUGUGGUGAUGAAUGUGGUUCUGAUAAGCGAUGAUGAGGUGGCGUAAGCGAGUGAAGGCUUCGUUCUAGAAGCUAGUUUCAGGUCUCGACGUGUUGUCUUAGGCUACUGCCCUGAAUGAAGGUGAUGAUGACAAGCGAUGGCGUGGUGUAAGCGAUCUAUGCCCUGAAUGUAGGUGAUGAUGACAAGCGAUGGCGUGGUGUAAGCGAUCUAGAGGCUUCGUUUUAGAGGCUAAUUAGUGCUCUGGUGACAGUGAUGGAUUGAGAAUGAGUACAUCUUUCCAACAUUGGCCGUCUCAAGUGUAUUCUGUUUCUCGUUUGCAACUUUCACGA